ACGCGAACACAGGACGCUAUGUGUCUGCAGCUCGCCGCAAACCGGAAAGGUUCUCCACAUCAGGUACUUUAUAUUUGUGUAGGUGUAUAAGUGCACUCCGAAAAGCAGCAGAUAUCUGGGAACGUCCGACUUCAACGCGACCGGCUGGGCGGUGUUCGUUAAACAGUGUGGUGUCUAAACCGUGUCACCCAACGUUAGCCGCUGAAAUCUGUGGUUCGAAAGUUAAAAACGUUCACGUCCGUUGAUUGAUGGCAAUAUUGACGGCUGUUUUCCCCCGUAAUCUAUUUAAUUCUGUGUUUUUUUAUCUCUUUGUGAAUGUAGCCGUCUAAUUAUAACAUCAUUGUGUGGAUACAUGUUGUGCAUGCGCUUGUCAUUUGGUGUUUAGUCAUCUGUUCAGUGUGAUGAUGCCUCUACUUCCACCUUUUUAGUUCUCUGUUGUUUGUUGCUUCAAGAAGACAAUUGGCCUCCCCCAAAAAACUUUUAAUAGGGAGAAAAAAGGAAUAAACCAUAGGUCGAGCAACGGAGGAGGAAGUCAUUUGAAAAGGUGUGACAACAACAGACGGUGUAAGGUGGUUCCACUGCAGGCCAGUGUGCGUGGUCAUUUGUCUGUGUGAGUGUGUUAUAUGGUUGUUUAUGAGUGGCGGAGCAGCUGGGGGUUGUAACGUGAUGCCAAGAUGCUGCUGUCCCUGGGAAUGCUAAUGCUGUCGGCCACACAGAUUUACACCAUCUUCACUGUUCAGCUCUUCGCCUUCCUUAAUCUGCUGCCCGUGGAGGCCGACAUCGCUGCUUACUCAUUCGAAAAUAAAACCGAUAACUUUGAUGACCUGCCUGCACGGUUUGGCUAUCGGCUGCCAAGCGAUGGACUGAAGGGCUUCCUGAUUGGUGCACGACCAGAAAAUGCGUGUGAGCCCAUCGAGCCCCCUCCAAGGGACAACAUGACCGGCGCCUUCAUCGUCCUCAUCAAGCGCUUUGACUGCAACUUUGACAUCAAGGUCCUCAAUGCUCAGAAAGCCGGCUACAAAGCGGCCAUUGUUCACAAUGUGGUCUCUGAUGACUUAAUCAGCAUGGGAUCCAAUGAUCUGGAUAUUAUGAAGCAGAUAGAUAUUCCCUCGGUGUUUGUGAGCGAGCACACUGCCAACUCUCUGAAAGAGGACUUCACAUUUGACAAAGGGGGACACGUGGUCCUCAAGCCAGACUUCAGUCUGCCCCUAGAAUACUACCUGAUCCCCUUCCUCAUCAUUGUUGGAAUCUGCCUCAUCCUCAUCGUCGUUUUCAUGAUCACCAAGUUCGUCCAGGAUCGACAUCGGGCUCGGAGGAGCCGCCUGCGCAAAGAUCAGCUCAAGAAACUUCCCAUCCACAAGUACAAGAAAGGAGACGACUAUGAUGUCUGCGCCAUCUGCCUGGACGAAUAUGAAGAAGGUGACAAACUCCGGGUCCUGCCUUGUUCUCAUGCCUACCACAGUAAGUGUGUGGACCCCUGGCUCACCAAAACCAAGAAGACGUGUCCGGUGUGCAAGCAGAAAGUGGUGCCCUCGCACGGCGACUCCGACUCCGACUCGGAGGAGGGGGAGAGCGGCCCCGACGAGAACGAGGAGGUGUCGGAGAGCACCCCCCUCCUGCGCUCUCUGGCAUCCACCAGCGCCCACUCCUUCGGCACCAUGUCGGGAGCGUCGCGCUCGGAGCCGGACCAGGAGUCCUCCGACGACGAGGACGACGAGCUGGACAGCAGCGAGGACGAGGUUACCGUGGAGUCCGUGGUGGUGCAGAUGCAGCAGCCGUGCUCGGAAGGCCUGGAGCACGACCUCCCCCGAGCCUGAGCGCCCUGGUCACUGAAGCACUCCUAAACCGCUCAGCUGCAGACACUUUCGUUGAGGGAAACGGUUUCAUCUUUCCUGUCACUGCUUACAAGACAUUGUAAUGUCUCCGCCCUAGAAGUUCAAUUACAGAUCUUGAUUUUUUAAAACAUUUUUUUUACAUGAUUACGGAAAAACGGGCCGAUUUCCAACCGUGACAGGAAGUCGGUGGGCGGGCUUAUCGUAGCUUGGCAGAUUUGACAGACCUGGCGACACUGAUGUACAGUAGACUUUUAUACUGUACUUAAUGUAGUCGUAUAAAAGAGGAUGCACAAAUGAGUGGGAAAAGUCCCAGACACGCAAAGCGCGCGCUUAUUUAGUGUAUAUAAAAACUAUGAAUCACUAUAGGUUACAACUUUGAUUAUCUUUGAUUCAAUCGGAGCGACUGAAGCCCGUUGGAGAACGCGUUGGAAGCAGGACGUGCGCUCCGUGUGCGACGCCACAUUGUUUCAAACGUGGGGCGACACGCGAGGGGAAAGUGUCCUCGCUGCCUGUGGUGAACUUCUUCCGGCUGCUCCAGACAUCGAUCUCUCCAUUUAACAAGCAGUUAUUGUCGAUAGGCCUUGUAAUGCACAUCUAACUGACCAUAUCUCAUUUUAAUAAAGUUUAUAGUAAAUAUGCUUUUGUCAUAACGUAGCUUGAUUGUUUUUGUUCAUGAACAAAUUGCCUUUCAGUUGAUGUCUUCAGUGUUUUUCUGCUUGUGUAUAUCUGUUCAAUACAAAUGUACUUCAAUAAAAGGAAAAUGACACUUGACAAGGAAACUUUAUGGUCAAGAAGUAUAAUUUACUGCUUUCAUGACAAAUGUAAUGUAGCCAACAUUCAUCCCAUCCAGUUCCCAGUGUUUGCUUCAGGCGCCAGUUGUCUGUAGUUUACAUACCUGCAAACUCAUGAGGGGUGAAAAAGGUGACAACGGGGGUGCAGGUGACUGUCUCCACACCACAUCCACAUUGUUUGAUGACACCUCAAAGCUUUUAUAACUAGUCUUGAUUGUUCUGACCGCAAAUCUAAAUAAACAUUUUAAGAAAAAAAGUCCUCUGAAUAAUUCAGUGAUUGGACCGUAAUAACUUUACAUUAUCAUUAUAUAUAAUAUGGUUAGUCAUUCAUGAACCAACUUCCUUUUUUUUCUUCUUUUCUUGUGCUCUGCUGAGCUUUGAGCCUGUUCCAUGAUUGUUCCAUGAUUCUGUUCCCGUUCCAUGACUGUUCGAGGAGCCUGUUCCUUCGACGUGUCCCAUCAAAGAUGUUUUAUUGCGAAGACCACAUCACAUGUUCUCCGUGUCUCACUCCAAUCUCAUAAACGACGCCCAUCUAAUUUAACCCCCCCCCUACCCAAAACAAAAACUCCGGAUCUACACUAUUCACGUGGAUGACCUAUUGAUUUCAAAACGGCGAAUUUCGCCAAAAGGUGAAAAGAUUGCAGGUAUGAGUUUGACAUGUAGGUCAAAGUUCAGUAAGAAGCCAAGCCGAUACAAUCAGCCGGUUUUAAGACCGCAUGGCUCAUUAGCAAUUGGAGAUUAUGGGACAUCUACACUCGACAGAUGUCGCCACAUCCUAAGUGCAAAUUCAAGGUCAUUUGGGAGACAUCCUGGAGUGUUUGAUCAUGGAUUUGUAUUGUUCAAAUUUACUUCUUAUCCAUGCUCGAUUUAAAGUUGAGUUUCGAACCUCCAUCUGAGGAUAACUAAUGUUUCAGGUUCGCUAUAAAGUCAUCAAGUUGAGAUGUUAACUCUGGUCAAGAACACAUUUAACACCCAGACAACUAAACAGACGCCCCUCGAGUGAAGUAGAAUUACCAAAUGGCUGAUUAGACCCAACAAAACCCAUUCAGUAUGAAAAGACGGCAAACAUUCAUCUGGUUGGAAUAAAUUUAUUUGAUCCGUCUGUAAACAAGGUGAUAAAUCAAUUAUGGCAUUUCUUGGUUUUAUGCAUAUGAAAUCAAAUGCAUUAAAUAGAAGAAACAAGUGGUGAAGAAAAAGGAAAUGAACAAAUCAGCAAACAGAAAAACUUGUUACGAGUACAUAUCCCACAAGGCCGAAACAGUGGAGCUGAAGCUAAAAAUAAAAGCCGAUGAAUGACUGGACAGUGGGUAAAAUCCAUCUUACAACAGCAACAGAUCUCAAUUAUGGCACAGGAUACACAACCAAUCCCAUUGAGUCAGCUCUACUUUGGAAAGAUAUCUUUUUGUCAGUUGGAUGUUAGUUAGCCGUACUGACCGCUGACAGACCGUGUGAUACUCCAUAACUCAGCUGACCAGAGUAAAAGGCAAUUUAUUCCAGUUUUGUAGUUGUCAACAAACAUGGGGUUUGUACAAAUGCAGUUUGUUCUCUAAAGACAAAACGAGAUUUUUUUCAUCAUAUACUCCGACUCCCACCUCCCCUGUAGCUUCAUAUUUUUAACCAUGAUGAGUUCUCAUGUUUCCUUCAUCAGGAAAAGGUUAGCAGUCAUCCGUCACAUGAUUUAGAGCAAUCGUAUACACACCCAAGCUUAGACUACACUUGGUCCUAUAAAAAAGAAAAAGAACAUUCUAACUGGACACUCGAUGGUUAUAUGCUGGGAAAUAUAAGACAAAAAAAUGGCAGCCUUUCAAAAAAAGAAUAUAUAUAUAUUACAGGAGCUGGCAAACAAAACUGUAUCCAGUGCCUGAGCCAUGGCUGCUGUGGAAUGUCCAUGGGGUUCCCGUGUCGUUGGGGAGGCGGCAACCAGCAUCUAGACAACACCAAUGCUCAUGAUCAGUCAACUGAGCCCCCCCCCCCCCAGACAUAUUCUGGACAGGGCAGUUAAUCUGAAAGGAGGAGUUGGGUUGGUUGAUGUGAAGUAGUUGAUGAGUCUUCUGCCAGGUUUGUAGUGAUGCCUACUUUGAGCAAACAGGAUGAGGAAACAGGAAAUGGGGCAGAACUAAACAUUUGUUGGCAAGGAGUGUGAUGAUGAAGAGGAGGAGGGGGGGGGCAGUGGUGGGUGAAAGGGGAACAGCAGUGGACCGACAUACGCGGUCUCCCCUUCCACACAUGAAGGAAAUUUAAACAGGAAGACAUGACGAGCAUGGUUACCGCUCUAGCGCUUAAGUCAUCGGCUUCUCGGGGAGGGAGUGUGUACGAUCGGGAUUGGGAGAGAUCAAGUACCGGGCACCGUGACAGAAA